CCGGCGGAGGCGCGGCCCGGCCUGGCCCUGUGCGGAAAAGCCCGGCGGAACGCCAGCGGACUUUGAGCCUUGGAAGCCCGAGAGGAGCGGCGGGGCCGGGGGGAGCGGCGGGGCCGGGGCCGCGGCGGGGCCGCUCCGGUUGUACGCGCUGCGCCGCUGGAAUAAAGCCACGAAGCGUCUGUCGGCCUCGGAGCAGGGGGAGGAGCGGUCGCGGCUCGGAGGGGUCGCGGCGGGGCAGCCCCUCAGUGCUGGUGCCCGCAACGGCUUCUGGGCUUCGGCACAAGGUGCUGCCGCCCGCCCUCCUGCCGGCUGAGCCCACGGAGCCGCUGGGCAGGCCCCGCCUGAGCUCUGUGGUAGCAGCAGAAUUCCCCAGACAUUGGCCAACAGAUAACACCUUCACCAGCCUUCAGGGAAGCAAGAGCUUGGUCUGCCAACUCUGAGCUGUGUACCUCUACCCUCAGCAUCCUGAUUUGGUGCUGCCUUAGGGAGGAUGAAUCAGGACAGUGACUCAAGUGAUCAGCCCACUGGCCAGGACCCACUCCUAUUGCUGAAAACCCUUCAGCUUCUCUGGACAAAGAAAGAGAUGGAGAAGCUCAAGGAAGAAAUCAGGCGGAGCUUUGCAGGACUGGAGGAUCCAUUGGCAGGACUCCUGGACAUGCUGGAAAGCAGCAGCAGCGAUUGGAAGGGAAAAGGGCAUUCCCUUGGGUAUUGCAUCACCACUGAGUUGCAGCUUUGGAUAAAAGAGCAUCCUGCUGCUCAACAGUCUGGCAUCAAGCUGAAGAAGCUGCAGGCCCGUGUACUCAGAAUACUAGCCCAGUGCCCAACUAAUCUUCUUGACCCUCUGAUUAGCAUUUACCAGCUCCAUACAGCAGACCGGAACUGUUUGCUUGGACAUGUCAGUCAUCUUUAUCACAAGGGCGAUUACAAAGAGGCAGUCAUACUGAGUAUUAAGCUAAAAUUACAGCCAGAUCAAGAUGUGGAGAAGAUGUGUACACCGCUGCUGCUCCAAGAUAAAACUAACUUGGUGGAAGAUUACGUGGGAGAAUAUCCUGAGCUCCAGAGCAAACUCUUGCAGAUCCUGGACUCGUGGUGUGAACCCGGUUUUAAUAUUGGAGACAUCAUAAGGCAGUAUCAAGGCCUGGUCAGGUACAAGCCAGAUAAACUUAACCGCAGAAUGCUAAACAAGCUGGUCAUCAGGCUCCUCGACCGAUUUAACGUAGAUCCAGCUCUCUGCCCUAAUGUCAUAAAUCAGCGGCACUUGAGAACCCUGAAUUACCUCUUCUACAAGAGGUUUGUUGAGAAAACCAUGACUCAGGAGAAUUGGACAGAUCACGUUCAGAGCACAGUUGGAGAGAAUCGAUGGCUUCAAGAGCACCUGAUCCAGCUGCUCAUCCGUUACUGUGGUUUGAACACAGCAGCAAGAUGGGCAAAACACUGCAAGAUGCCUGAGGAGAUGCUGCCUCAUGGAGUGGCUGAGGAGCUUCAAAAGCUUCACAUCCAAGAGAGGGAAGAAGAGGCCACAAAAGCAGAGAAUUAUGAAGAGAGUAAGAAGAACUAUUACCAGCUUCCUAUUGCACGGGCAAACAUUCACUUCCUGCAGACGUGGGAAGAGACACUGCGGUGCUGGGAGAAGGUGCUGCAGCCUGGGCAGGUUGUUGGCAUCGACAUGGAGUGGAGGCCAUUGUUCGGAAUGGUGGGGAAGCCCCGCGUCGCCCUCCUGCAGCUGGCACUGAAGGAUGAGGUGUUCCUGCUGGAUUUGCCACAGCUCCUUGAGCAAGCAGAGAUGGAGGGUGAGAAGGAGAAGCUUCCUCGUUUCAUCCAGAUGCUCUAUUCGGAUGCAGCCAUCACUAAACUAGGUUAUGGGAUGUCUGGAGACCUCAGCAGCCUUGCAACCACAUGUUCUGCUCUGAAAGACAUGGAUAAGCAAGCACGAGGUGUGGUGGACCUGCUGACAGUGGACAAACAACUGCAGAAAAGCUCCACUGACUGGAGGAAGGAUGGCCAGAAGGUUGAUGUACUGUCCCUGGAGCAGAGCUAUGAGGACAAAGGGUUCAGGAAGCCAGAGAAAGGACUCAGCCUCUUGGUGCAUCAUGUGCUGGGGAAACCUCUGGAUAAAACAGAGCAGCUGUCUAACUGGGAGAAACGGCCUCUCAGGGAGGAGCAGAUCCUCUAUGCAGCUUCAGAUGCAUACUGUUUGCUGGAGAUCUAUGAGAAACUCUGUAAGGAUCCAGCAAGCUUUGGUCUGAGUUCAGACCUGAUGGAGAGUCUGGUGGGAAAACCGAGCAUAAAACCCAGGGCAAAGAAGCAGCUGAAUAAACAAGAAGUACCGUCACCUUCUGGACAGCAAUGCAAAGGAUCCCAAAUGGAGAGCUCAUGCCCCCCUGCUCCCAUCUCCUCGAGGGAGUUCAGCGUGGUCUGUGAUAACAUGCUGCAGGGCCUGGGCCGCUACCUGCGCUGCCUCGGUGUGGACGUGCGCAUGCUGGAGAACAAAGAUGACCACAGGAAAGCUGCUGAGAUUGCCCGACAGGAAGGAAGAGUCAUUUUAACCUCUGGGCUCCCAUAUCAGACUCUGCGGUCCCAGGUGGCAGAAGGAAGGUGUUUCUCUGUGAACUGCUCAGAAAAGGCAAAAGAUCAGGCCCUGCAGGUUCUGAAGCACUUCAACGUUCGGGUAUCCCCAGCAGAUAUCUUCAGCCGCUGCCAGGUGUGCAACUGCAACAAGUACCUGAAGGUGUCAAGGGAGAGGAUGAGGCAGCUGGCAGAGGGCAGCGUGGGGGACAGCAGUGCAGGCUGCCUGGGGAGUGAGGAGAAGCCUGGCCAGAGCUGCAUUGCCCAUGCCACAGCCCAGCCCAGCUCCACGGCGCAGGGUGAGUGGCCAGAGGGGCCGCAGCAGCACGGGGCGGCCGCAGGGCUGGCAGGGGGCAUGGUCCUGCAGGUCUCUGCCGUGCCCCUCGGGGUGCUGGACAAAGCUGACCUCACUGACUUCUACUGCUGCACCCGCUGUGGGAAGGUGUUCUGGGAAGGGUCCCAUUUUGGACGUGUUAUCUCCCAGUUUCAGGAUGUUCUCGUUGCUGCUGGGGAUGAGAAGAGCAUCUAUGAGCUGAGCUGAGGGAUGGGGACGUGCUCCCCAGGGAGCCUCAGCAGGAUCUGGGGCUGUGGGCUUGAGGUGUGAGGCUGGAGGGGGCUCUCAUUUCAGGGUCUGCCAUGGAGGGGGCUUGUGACAUUUGCACUUGAUGGUUUGUGGUAGCCUGAAAACACGUGGCCUCCACGAGAUCAUUAAAUCAGAGGUGGCUGGGGAACAGCCCCUUUGCUUUGUUUGUGCCUCCCUCUGGUCUGGGCACAGUGAGGGGCUGGCAGAGCUCUCCAAAACAACUCCCAGGCAGUGCCAACUCCAAGGCACCCCUCAGGCCCCAGCACCCUUGCCCUGCUCACUCAUGUUGAGGAGCAGGGGCUGCGUCCCCAGACUCACAGAGCAUCCCAGUGCCUGUGGGACACAUCACACCACCAACCACCACCUGUCCUCAGCAACCCUCUCCCUGCAGCCCUCCCACCAUUGCCCAGAGGCAGUGGCUGGGCACAGCUGUGGGGGUCUCAGGGGCUGAGGGGCCACAGAAGAACCUCUGGGUGCACUCUGGUGCCCUCUGGCAUCACCCUGUGCUGCCCCAGCAGAGCUGGACUGGCUUGAGGGGGCAAUCCCAUGGGUGCCAAAGCUCCUGCCAGCCCAGUGGGACCAUCAAGCCACCGCCAUGCCCAGGGCUCUGUGAGGUGACACACAGGAGUGGCAGUGGAGUGUGUGAUCCCACCAUCACCAGGAAGGAAGGGCCACCAGCAGGACUGGCCAGUGUCCAGAUGCCUGUUCAAUACCUGGAAGCGGCACGUCCUUACAUUUGCCCACUGCUGGUGUCCCCAGCCCCUCCAGUGCUUGAGCCAUCUCCUGUAUAAACACUCCUGACUUGUGCCUUACUAUGUCCUUGUGGGCAACCAGACCCCCCAGCUUCCCUGGGGACUCUUUAGAGUGUCCUUUGAGCAGAGGGUGGACAAGGCUCGUGCUUUGCCAGCAGCCCCUCUACACCAGCCACUGGUGGAGGGAACUGGUGGGGCCACCCUGAGCAGCCCCAGCCCCAGACUCACCCUGUGUCAGCUCGUGCCACUCUGGGGUUUGCUCUGGGAGAGCAGGAACUGGGGCUGAAGCAGAGCAGGAUUGCUGCAGAGCCUCCUGCCACCGGCCCCUGCUGUGAGCGAUGCUUCGUCACGGUGAGAUGAACCUCUCCAGACCCAGGCUGGGGGAAGCUUGUGAGUCACACAAACAUCUGAGUCAUCCAGUCCUGGCCUGGAGCAGGGGGGAGGUGGAGCAGCAUGGCUGAGCCUCCCAAAGCCCACUUGCAGCCAGCCCACGGGCACUCCUGGGCUUUGCUCACAGGGCUUUGUGGAACUGUGGUUUCACAUCGGGCUGUCGCCGCUUUCACUGUGGAGAGGAGCUGGCGGGGACAGCGGGGCACACUGACCCUGUCCCUCACCCUGGGGAUGCUCCUGGCCACACAGCUGCCUGGAAAGGGCCCUUCCUUCUGACAGGGUCACCUCCUGGCCACCUCUAGGACUUUAUCUCCCUGCCAUCUCCAUCAGUUUGGGCGUGAGCUCAAAGGACUUGUUUUAAGAGAAGACCUGCCAGACAUCAGCAGGUCGUGUGUGCGUGUGGCCACGGCACAAAACAGCCCCCAAGGGGCCUCAUCCCACUCCUGGGGCCAGGGGCAGCAGCUGAGACUCAGCCCAGCACCUUCUGCUCCCUGCAGGAGGUCAUGCCCAAGUGGGAUCUAUGCAGCACAGUCACCUCCACUCAUAGACACAGUCAGCAUCAAACUCCAGGUCAGACCAGCCUUGAGCCGCAUCCAGGAAGUAAUAAAUUGUCUGGUUUUGAAUGGUGGAUACAGAUCAAAGGGAAAUAAACCAGGGUUUUAAUCAGCCUUCAA